AUGAAAUCGUUAUUUAUUAAUACAUAUAUUAGUUUUGUUGUUCUUGCUAUUAUUGGCAAUACUCAACAUGCUGCAUCAGCUGCACCACUGUCUGCAAAUAUAGUUUCAUUCUACAAUGCAAAUGAUAAAAUAACUGUUUUUACAAGUCAAAAUUUUUCUUCAACGGUUUAUAGAUCGGAAACGGCAUGGCUUGUUGAAUUUUAUGCAAGUUGGUGUGGUCAUUGUCAAUCUUAUGCCAAUACUUAUCGAGAAAUUGCUAUUGAUACAUGGAUGUGGAAUACAAUUGUUCGUAUUGGUGCAAUAAAUUGUUAUGUAGGAGACAAUAAGGCACUGUGUCGUCAACAUAACAUCAGAGGCUAUCCGACAAUGCUAUUCAUACCACCUGGAACUAUCUUUAAUAAUGCAUCUAAAAUGAUUGAGAUUCCUGCGAUGGAUGCUAAUGUUGUGGAAAAAGGACUUGUUAAAGAACUUGAUAAUAUUCCUAAACAAAACACAUUAUGGCCACCAUUUACACCAGUCAAUCGAAUUACACUCGAAGAGCUUUUUGCACGUAUUUCAUCAACAGUUAAAAUUCUUUUAGUUAUUGCAGAAAAAAGAGAUGAUUUUACUGGUCGAAAAGUAAUGCUCGACUUUUCUAAAUAUCGUGAUCAAAUAGCUAUUUUUCGAACAACUACAGAUGGAAAAUUAUGGCGCAAAUUUAAUAUUAGUAUGACAGACGUACCUGCCUUAUUUGUUAUACAUCGAAAUCGAACUGCUGAACGAAUUAAUGUUGAGCAAAAUAGCAGUAAAAAUAUUGAUUAUCGAAAUUUAUUUAAUAAUGCUAUUCGAUCAUACAUUCAUAAAACAAACUAUAUUGAAAAUUUUGAUGAUCUUGACUUCGAAAAAGUUAUUCUUAGUAAAAAUGCACUUAAAAAUACUGAAACAAAACAAAAAAUAGCUCGCAACAAAAACGUAACAGAUGAAAUUCUUGAUAAAAAUACGAUUUAUCGUAAAGUAAAUAUGGUUGAUCUUGAAUUGGCUUUGUCUUAUAUGUUUCGAGAAGAAGUACCUCAAAUGAAAGAAAUUCAUGGUGAAGCAUAUGAUGCAUUACUUCAAUGGUUGACUAUACUCACUAAGUAUUUUCCUGGUCGUGAACCAGUUAUGGCAUAUUUUAAACAAUUAUUAUUAAAAGUCAAUGAACAACCUAAUGGUUUUAGUGGAAAUAAUUUUCGAGAAAUUAUUGAUAUGAAGACAUCGAAUGCUUAUUUACCAAAUGAUCAUGUUCAAUAUCAAUAUUGUGCAGGGUCGGCACCACAAUAUCGUGGUUAUCCAUGUGCACUUUGGCUUCUUUUUCAUACUCUUACGGUUUCACAAUAUCAAAUAGAGUCAACACAAACCAAUGUCACUGAAGUGCCAUUAGCUAUAAAAAAUUAUAUAAAACAUUUUUUUGGUUGUCGACAAUGUAGCACUAAUUUCAUGAAGGAAACUAUUAACAUAACUCAACUUAACUCACAAAGUAAACGUGAAGCAAUUAUUUAUCUUUGGAAAAUUCACAAUCGUGUUAAUAAGCGUUUAUAUGCUAAGAUAACUGAAGAUCCUAAACAUCCAAAAGUUCAAUUUCCAAGUAAAAAGCUCUGUGCAACAUGUCAAUCUAUGAAUAAGGAUAACACUUCUAAUGAAUAUAUUAUUUCAAAAACAAUUAAUUUUCUUGUUGAAUAUUAUUCAAAAGAAAAUAUUGAUACAUCAUUAAUAUCAGACAAAUCUUAUAGUAAUGAAAAGUUAUUAACUCGACAAGAACGUUUAGUUACAAGUAUAGAAUUCAAUACUGACAUAAAAGAACGUGUUGGAUUAGUUAAAUAUCUCAUGACACUGACACAACAUGUUUCGUUGUAUAUUUUUAUUGCUUUGAUUAUUAUUAUUGUUCUAUUUCGUCGUCGAUAUUGUAGAGUUAAAACAAAACGUUAUAUAGUUUAA